AUGAGCAACAGGGACGAAGAUAAGCGGGAAGCUCUGUCACCGACUCAGAGAAACAUCUUAGAAAUGACAGCCGACGGUCUCCAGUGGCAGCAGUACGGGCUUUGUCCGUUGCGAAGCCGCUCCAUCGGCUGCGGUGACUCUGUCAGAUAUCAAAACCGAAGAAAAGCAGAGAGAAAGAAGAGUGACUACCUAAUAGAAAACCUAACCACAUGGCUUAUAAAGCAAGAACAACUGGGCAACAUAGACACCGAGCUCACGAUCGUGCUUUCAAGCAUCUCCUUGGCUUGCAAACAGAUCGCUUCGCUGCUUCAGAGAUCCAACAUCAUUAACCUCACUGGCGGUCAAGGCACAAUCAACAUCCAAGGCGAAGAUCAGAAGAAGCUCGAUGUUAUCUCCAACGAGCUGUUCUGCAACUGCCUUAGAUCUAGUGGAAGAACAGGGAUUAUAGCUUCGGAGGAAGAAGACGUACCUGUUGCUGUAGAAGAAACUUACUCAGGAAACUACAUUGUGGUUUUUGAUCCCAUUGAUGGAUCGGCAAACAUUGACACUUCCUUAACAACAGGCUCCAUCUUCGGCAUUUAUGGCCCUGACAAGCAAUGCCUGAUCGACAUCAACGACGACUCUUCGCUAGAUCAAGAAAAACAGAAUUGCGUGGUCAGCGUUUGCCAGCCAGGUAGAAACUUGUUGGCCGCUGGGUAUUGCCUGUAUUCAAGCUCUGUGGUCUUCACUUUGUCUCUUGGUAAAAGGGUUUUUGGAUUCACCUUGGACCCUUCCUAUGGCGAAUUCGUUUUGACUCAUGAAAAUAUUCAGAUACCCAAAACGGGUAAGAUUUAUUCAUUCAAUGAAGGGAAUUAUGAUCUCUGGGAUAAGAAGCUGAUGAAGUACCUUGACCAUCUUAGGCAACCGGGUGCAAAUGGAAAACCCUAUUCUGGGCGUUAUAUAGGCUGCCUGGUUGGUGAAAUCCAUAGAAUGUUGCUUUAUGGUGGUAUCUAUGGGAAUCCCAAGAACAAGAACAGCAAAAAUGGGAAUCUGAGGCUUUUGUAUGAAUGUGCACCGAUGAGUUACCUAGUAGAGCAAGCUGGUGGGAAAGCAAUAGAUGGUCACCGGAGAAUCCUUGGGAUUGAACCUCAUGAGAUUCACCAGCGAACACCAAUUUUUAUUGGAAGCGCCGACGAAGUAGAAAAAUUAGAGAAGUAUUUGGCUUGAGACAGUUCUCAUUUCCUGUUCGCUUCGGCUUUACCCAAUACUAGUGUUAAGCAUUUUGUAUCAUAUUAACUGGUCAAAAUUCUUAUUUAAGGAAAAUAUGCUUGCAUA